AUGAAGACAGAUGUGUUCAGCUUUGGCGUUUUGGUUCUGGUGAUUAUUAGUGGCCGAAAGAAUACCAUACUCGACAAGCAAGGGGAUACUGUUGGUGAUCUUGUACGAGAUGCCUGGCGUAUGUGGAAGGAACAAAGGUUGCAUGAGCUUGUGGAUCCGUUGUUAGGUGACGGAUAUGAAGUCGCCGAGAUAAUGAAAUGCGCUCAAGUGGCACUGGUUUGUGCUCAGGAAGAUCUAGCAUAUCGGCCCGCCAUGACAAAUGUUGCUGCAAUGCUGAACUCUGAAAGCAUAAGCUUACCGAUGGAGCCUAAGCAACCCGGUACGCUGAUCCAUGGGUGUGCUGACAGAGACACGACAUCGACAUACGUGGGCCAAUCAAGCAGGACGAUAGACAUAACUAUAACGAGCUCUGCUCCAACGUCGACUAGAGUUUGA